AUGGAUUUUGGAAGAAGAAGAACUCAAAAGUACACUUCCAAGAGUCAUAGGCUAGAAGAUAUAAGAGAACUAGGGGAUUUGGUUGCUGAUCCAAUAGGUGUCAAGGAUAGAUAUGGGAGACUUCUGUCACUAUUGAAGACCAACAUGACAAAUGGAAUUCUUGCUACACUAGUCCAGUUCUAUGAUCCAUUGUAUCAUUGUUUCACCUUUUCAGAUUACCAGCUUAUGCCCACACUAAAGGAGUAUUCCUAUUUGCUUGGAUUACCUAUUUCUGAUCAGAUCCCAUUUUCUGGAUUGAAGGAGAUUCCUAAGGUUAAAGUUAUUUCUGAAGCUACUCAUUUGAAGAUGUCUGAUAUUAAAGCUCAUAUGAUCACCAAGGGAGGUAUUCUUGGGUUGCCAACUAAGUUUCUGAUGGAUAAAGCUCGUUACUUUGCUAGUAUGAAGAGUAUGGAUGCUUUCAAGGCUAUUCUUGCCUUGCUCAUUUAUGGAUUGUUCCUCUUUCCUAAUGUUGACAACUUUGUUGUUAAUGCUAUUAAGAUAUUCUUGAUGGGAAAUCCGGUUCCAACUCUACUUGCAGAUACCUACCAUUCCAUUCAUAUCAGAAACUCUUAUAGUGGGGGGAUGAUUAUAUGUUGUGUGCCUUUGCUUUACAAGUGGCUUAUUUCUCACUUGCCUCAGUCUACUGCUUUUUGGGAUCUUAAGGAUGAAUAUCGUCGUCAGCUUGGAUAUCCUAUGAAAGAUAAACCAAGCAAUAUCCUUUUGGAAGGCCUCUUCUUUAAAGAAGGUAAAUAUAAAAAAGCCCUUAAGGAGAAGAUUGUGCAUGCCUGGUGUCAUGUCCAUAAAAAGAGGAGAGAAGUUCUAGGGAAGCCAAACUAUGUUUCUUUGGAGCCUUAUCUUCAAUGGGUACAAGCUAAGGCUAUCAAGUUGAAGAUGCCUUAUCCUUUCCAUGGGCCUUUUCCUAUAGCCGCUAGAGAGCCUACUUUGAUUUUCAUGACUGAUGCGGAGAAACUUCGGAUUGCUUUGACCAAGGUACCACGAGAAAGGGACACUUGGAAGAACAAAAACCAGUUUGUCAAUAAUGAGAAUGAAGAACUCCAAAAGCAUUUGAAGAAGAAGAAUGAAGAGGAUCUUGCCAGCAAGAAGAGAAAGGUGUAA